AUGACGAUGAUGCGCGUCUGCAACGACUGCUUUCGCCAGUAUCUGACGCACAAGAUCCACAAUGGCCAAGUCGCAUCACAGCAACUCGUGUGCCCUGGCCAUUGCCGGCGACCCAUUCCAAGCGACACGAUUCUGCAGGUCGUGGCACCAACUCUUGUCGAAAAGUACACUCGGUUUCGCCAAGCGAUCGCGCACCGCGAGGCAGGUCUCGGCUACUGCCCUCGGCCGCAGUGUGGCCAGCCGCUCUUGCUGGCAUCAUCGCGCCAAAACGAGCGCCGCGUCGACUGCACGAGCUGCCAGCAGUCGUCGUGCCGUGACUGCGGCAACGCGUACCACUGGUGGCCGCAGUGCGACCGCGCAUAUCGCUUGUGGUGCCGCACGCACGCGGCGCAACGCUGUCCGUCGUGCUCGGCGACGAUCCAGAAAAGCGGCGGCUGCAGCCACAUGACGUGCACGUACUGCCAGCACCACUUUUGCUGGCGCUGUCACGUUAGUUGGCAAGACCACACGGAAGCACGCUGUUGGCCACUCGCGUGCUGGCGCUCCAAGCACUGGGCUUUCGGCCCGACGGCGCCUGUCCGGCUCGUCACCAAGACGGUCGCGGCCACCGUCGGCGCGAGCGCAGUUGUCGCUGCGGGCGCGGUCGUCGCCGGCGUCGUCGUUGGCCUCGCCGCCGUCGCGGCACCGCCACUCGCCGUCUACUGCGGCCUCCGCGCCCUCCGUCGCGACCCGGAAAAAGGGCUCGUCAUCAACACUCGAGAGUACCGCCGCCAGCAGCGCACCACCCGUCGUGCUCGACAUGCUCGCCUUCCUCUCCAUUAA